GCAGUGUUUUGUUUAAAUUGACUUUCUGUAAAGUCCUGUGGCUGUCUUCUGGAAGAAGGAAGGACAGUGCAGGUCCGCAGGUCGGUUGAAGUAGGCCUACCUGUUGGAUGACUGAGAGUAUCCCAGAAAGCUGGGUUGGAAUUCAUUGCCGUCGAUGAAUUCAUUCUUAUUUUCGAAAAGUUUCCUUGAAGUACCAACUAGUGAAUUGUCUCUUGGUUUGGGCCAAUCGAACAGUUUUCUGAUCUCGGAUCGAUUGAGUGAGUUUCUUUUAUUUUGGGCCAAUUGAACAGUCUUCUGAUCUUGGAUCGAUUUAGUGAACUCUCUCUCUUUUAUUUUGGGCCGAUUGAACAGUUUCCUGAUCUUGGAUCAACUGAGUGAAUUUUCUCUUAUUUUGGGCCGAUUGAACAGCUUUCUGAUCUCGGAUCGAUUGAGUGAAUUUUAAUUCUGAUGUUGGCAUUAUGAGGGAAAAGGGAUUUUAUUUUAAGUUCAGGUUGAGUAGCUCAGAUUUGGAGUACUCGACUGUUCAUGUUUUAAUCAAAAGGCCAGUUUCUACGCUCGGUCAACCUUGUAUUUGUAAUUGAUUACAAACAAUUCGGACAUUUUUCAAUAUAAUAUAAAAAAAUUUAUGAAUCGGUUUAUUGUCUGUAUUUAAGUCGUGUUAGGAUUAAGUUACCUCGGAGGUUUUUACGACCCGGUUCAUUUUUAUUUUUGUUGUUGAUUCUGUCAUAAAUAAAUUAGGCGGACAGAGAAUAGUUAAUUUGUUUAAAUUAGUUGAUAAUCAUAAAUAAAUUAGACGGAUAGAGAAUAGUUAAUUUGUUGAAGUACUGAAUAAAUGUGUAAAUCCUCUUUGACAUCACCGCGCUGACUGACUGCACGUGCACGAGCAAACACACAGGGGACGAGCAGGAGCCUGCAGGCCAGUGUUGGGGCCACAUUCCAAUCUUCGGGAGGGAGACGAGCGCUUGGGAGGAGUUCACAUUUGUAGCUUAGAGAUAAUAAAGUAUUUAAACUAACUAGUAGAAUAAACUCAAAUAAAUUGUAUUAAUAAAUAGUGUAUUUCAGAAAAAAUAAAUAAAGUAAUAAAGUUAUAAUUAAAAAUGGCACCAACAGCGGUAGAAGUUUUGAGUAGAGACAAUCCACUCCUCAGAAAUGAGAUCAAACGAAUUUCUGAGAAGUGGGAGAAGCGGACAGUUAAAUCAGGCACAAUAUGGCCCGCGGGGAAAAGUUAGUGCUAGCUUUGUUCGAAGAGGAGGGAGAGAGGUGGCGCACAUUACAACGAGUGGCCAGAAGAAUAAUCACAAAGAAAGAAGAGGCUCAACCUUUGCCUCUGAAGCUUGAGCCACCGCCGUACAAACCAAAUAAGAUGUAUCCACUGUUAAUUGGCAACGUAGAAAUUAAAGGGGAAGUCACACUAGAUGAAGGAGAUAAUAAGGGUAACACACAGGGGAAUAGGGGCGCACCCAUACACAUGGACUGCUAUGAGGGGAUUAGGAAAGCAAGAGAAGAGUGUAGCAAUGCUGACACUAGUUAUAGUAAGAGUGAGGAUGAGGACGAAGAUGAGACAAGUGGUGAUGAGCACAGUAAUAAAGAUGUGAAAGAUGGUAAUGAGCGAAUUUGCGAAGGGCCUUCUCCUAGAAAGAAAAGGAGAGGAAAAAACACAAAGACGAGGACGAAGUCUCAGAAAAGGCAAACAAAAAAGAGUACUAAACUCAAGGGGGAGGGGUAUAGUGAGAGCCCAGCGACAGAGGAGCCUGGCUGCAGUAUAUCAGUACUAAGCCCCACACCACUCGAGUUAAAUGAGAAACUAAGGAAAUCGCAAAGGGCAAAAAAGGCACCCGACACCCUCCCCGGGAACUAUCCUAUUCUAGUCAAAGGACAACAUGUCCACUAUCAACCGUGGGGUUCACAGGACUUGGAGGGAGUUAUUUCUAAACUCCCUAACAUUCAUAACGGGGCGUCUAAAUGGAUUCGAACAUUUGAGGAACUCACAGUGGGAAAGCUAAUGGCAGUGGGGGACCUGAAAGCUCUGUUGGCAAGAGUAUUGGGGUUAUCUAAAAUGGAGUCUGUACUGAGGAAUGGAGGGUUGGAUAUAAUGGACGUAAUGCUCGAUGGGCUUUCACUUGAUCGCUACAGAGUGGCGAUGUGGGCCACACUCAGAAGGGAGUUCCCGACCCAUAUCGAUCAUAAAAACAUGAGAGGUCUCCCUAUCAACGACACAGAGAAUCCUGCAUCCUACCUCCAGGCCCAAGUGGACAGAUGGCGCUUGGAGACGAAUGAGGAUCCUGAGAUCCAUCCUGUGUUUUCGGUCAUGUUCAGAAACUCUGUGAUAGAGAUUCUACCUAGCCCAAUCAAAGUUAAGCUGGAUGAUGUGGUUGGACUGGUUACAAAUAAAUCUCACAGAGACUUUUGCGAUCAUGUGGUUCAUACAGUGGACAAAUAUCGGCAGAAUGAACACAAAAUACAGGAACAAAGCAAAGAGGUGCAAAGGAAGCUAUCUCAGCUUCAGUUGGAAGAACUCACAAGAAGAGAGAAAGAGAAGAAGAAACAGGCAGUUGUUUCAGAACCUGUUGAUACAAUAUUGCAAGCCGUCCAGCAGGGCGCACCACAAACCCAACCUCCUCAACAGGCAUUCUUCCCCCCAGUACAACAGCCUCAGAGCCAAUGGUCACCCACUCCACCUGCCAUAAAUAUACCCACACAUAACAAUGGGAACCCAAUGGGUGGGAACAAGCAGAAUCACAACAAGGGGCCCCAGGGACAGUAUAAGAAUAAUCAGCAACAGGGGUCCCAAGGGCAGUAUAAAAAUAAUCAACAGCAAGGAUUCCAAGGACAACGCAGAGGUCCUUUAAUAUGUUAUGGGUGCAACCAGGAAGGACAUAUGAAGAGAAAUUGUUUGACUAACCCUCUUCCAUCCCAGCAAGGACAGGGUAAUGGUUAUCAGGGGAGGCAAGAUCAAGGGAACUACAACCAGGGACAGCAGGGUCCCUUUAUGGGACAGGGAUACUAGGGGUGCCAAGGGAAUCCACAGGGGGAGGGUCAGCUUGUAGCAAUCACAAAACAAGCUGAUGAGGAACCAAUACUGCAGGUUCUGAUAAAUUAUAGAGGCACGCCAAUGAUGGCCCACACUGGAGCCACUUACACUUGCGUAGGUCCAAAUUAUGCCUCUCACCUCACCCUGGCAGGUAAAUUCACCAAAACUUUAGGAUUCU